AUGUAUCGAGAAGCUUCCAUGCUUUUUACUUUCAUAUCAUUAGGCUUAGCUUCUUUAUUGGAUGUAGAUUUUGACAUAACUGAUGGUGUUAAAUUAGUUAGCAUACCAGUGUCUAAUAGCAUCGAAGAUGAAGGUAGAUCUUUCGAUAAUUCGCCAUUAUGGCGAAUGGCGAAAUUUCUACAAGGACAUGAGUUACAUGUUAAAUUGCCGAAUAUAAUCGAAAAAGAGAAAAUCAGUAAUUUAUUAGCUGAAUCGUUGAAGAUUGUUGAUGAAUCUUACAAGAGUAACAAUGCAACAGGAAGGGGCAAGGGUGACGGCGGAGGAGGGCUGGCGCUACUGGGCCUAAUGUUUGCAAAGACCAUUGGUGCAGCGGGAAUCGGUGGUCUGGGAUUAUUAACUAUGAAGGCGCUAGCUGUAUCAGCGCUUGCGUUAAUGCUGUCAGCUAUCGUGGGCGUCAAGAAACUAGCGUCUCACGACGAUCAUGAUGACCACCAAGUGAUCUACGCAGGGCACGGACAUCACCGGAAGAGGAGAGAUAUAGACACACCAUUACCUUACCGAGGAUGGACACAGUACAAACAAGAAAAUAAAUGA